AUGGAGAUCGCCUACUUUUUUUUUUUUUGGGCUACUUCUCUGUCACAAGGCGACCCGUCGUCCUCUCCGUCGACAUCCGCAUUCAAGCAUCCUGAUUUGCUAUUUGGACCCCGCCGCCGCAUCGCGACCGGAAACAAGCGCAUGUUUGCUGCAAAGAUGUUGGAUUUGCAUCUCGACGUAGCUAGGCCCAAGACGUUGCCCUCGGCCCAAACCUCGCUUCAGGUAUGUAUCAGCCAUUGGUGGUGGGUCUGGCACGUUUUUUGCGCACAACAUGAUGUUACAAUCCAAAUACAUUCGAAUUUUGCGAGCAUCACAUUUGUGCAAAAGCGGUGGAGCGUGCAUUGA